GUUCUUUGUCCAAAAAAAUUCCAAAUUCAGUUGACUCGUUCUUGUGAAUUGUGUGAACACGAAUUUCGGCGUUGCAGCAAUUAUGUCGUUUAUUGUUAUGGGCAGUGCGGUAUCCACGACCGUUAGAAUAAACGUCAUAAAUAAGGCUCACCGAGUCAAAUUGAUAAUUGUGAAUACCAUGGGGAUGGUGGGCCCACCCAUGCUGGAAGCAGUAGUCGUGGUCGUGGAGGUCGUGUAGGACGCGGUGGCCGUGGUGGUAGUCGUGGCCGUGGCAGUCGUGGAAACCGCGGGGGACGUGGAAACAGUGGAGAAACGGUGUAUGAAACUAUGAGUGACCUAGAUCUAGUUCGCGCUCAGCGUCAAGUCACUAAUAGACGUGUUGCGGCAUUGUCAGCGGAAGCUCGUAAGGAGCUUCUGAGCCGCAAGCGUGAGAAACAAUUAACACGAGUGCUUUUGCCUGACGCGCCACCCAGGAAGCGUCGCGUACAAAGACCAUCGCCGGAUCGUGAGUCGUGUGAAUUUAUAGACAGCGAAUCUGGUGACGAUUCCAAUAGAAUUGUUAUUUUAGAAAAUAGGCAAGUGGCACCACCCAUGCAGGAUAACACUGGUGACGUCCACAUUCCGGACCUACAAGUGGCAGCGGUCUCGGAGCCGGGCGACUUGCUGCGUGCUGGUGAUAUAGAAGUGGGGGCAGAGGUUGAAAUUUCUGUGGCGCCUUCCACAAGUAAAUUGCAUACAUCAAUUGGGGUCAACGACAAAAACUUUGAACAGACCAUUGACGAAUGGAUUACUGAUGACUUAAGUGACUGUGACAUUGAAAAAGACGAUGAGAUAUGUCCAAUUUUACCAUCUCGCAAUGCUUCGACAGAACCGGCUAUUAUCACUGACCUGACGCCUUACGAAGCUAGAAUACUGGAGACUGAAGACCAGCAGAACGAUCUCGGUUUGAGAGACUUAGUGCCAAGUGACUGUUUUGAUUUUAAUUGGACAAGAGACCGACAGAUUUUUACAGGACAAAGAGAGACAUUUACUGGGACUGGAGGACCGACUUUUACUAUUUCAGACACGACACGUGUCGUCGAUAUUUUUUAUAAGAUGAUUGACAGUGAAUUUAUCGACAAACUUUGUACAGAGACCAAUCGAUACGCCGACCAAAAAAUUAAAUCACUAAAAGAAGCAAACAAGUUUCUUACAACUUCGCGGCUUUAUCGUUGGUCGCCGACUGACAGGGACGAAAUGAUCACCUUUCUGGCACUUAUAGUAUUACAAGGCCUAUUCCCUCUACCGGAGGAGGAAUCCUACUUCGCGUUCAAUGGUUUCGGCACUAUGCCAUAUUUCCGUAAAAUCAUGACCUACAACAGGUAUCUUUUACUUAAAUCAAUGCUCCAUUUUGUGGACAAUGAGACAGUGAAAGAACCGACUAGACUCUUUAAAAUUCAGCCGAUAAUUGACUAUUUUAACGAGAAAUUUUCCACUUUAUACUAUCCUUCACAAGAGAUAGUCAUUGACGAAUCCCUUCUGAAGUGGCAUGGGAGACUAGGUUUUGCUCAGAAGAUUUUGUCGAAGGCUGCACAAGUAGGUGUAAAAACUUACGAGUUGUGCGAGUCUUCCAGUGGCUAUCUCUGGAAGUUUUUUGUAUAUGUGGGAAAAGAAAAGACUGUAACUACUAAUGACAUCAGACCUGAUGAGACCAUCCAACUAUCGGCAUCGAAUGAAAACGACAAUGACCGUCCCAACAACAUUGACGAUACAAACGACAAGACUGACGACGCUGAAAUGACUGACCAAACAUCGACUGGAAAUACAAAUAACCGUCCCAGUAAUGCUACCUCAAAAAUUGUUUACGACUUGGUAGAGCCAUUACUUCAUCGUGGACAUACAUUAGUAAUGGACAAUUUUUACAAUUGCCCAUUAUUAGCACGAUGUUUAAAACGACAAAAUACUGACUGCUACGGAACUCUAAGACUGAAUCGAGAAUUCGUCCCCGAUUCAUUAAAGACUUUGACGAAAACGGAACUUCGACAAGGUGAAGUAGUGGCUAGCUACUGUUCUGAUUUGUCGAUAUGUGUAUGGCGAGAUGCUAACAUAGUUAGCUUGAUCUCGACAUACCAUUACCUCCAAAUCGGAUCUCGACAAAAACAUAAUCGACUGAUAUUUAAGCCAAGUAUUGUCCUAGACUACAAUAAAUCCAUGGGAGGCGUGGACAGGAAAGAUCAAUUCCUGUCUGCUCAGCCCUUGGAACGUACCAAAAACAAAAUUUGGUACAAAAAACUUUUCCGGCGCAUGUUAAAUGCUGCCUUAUUUAACAGCUUUAUCAUUUUUAGAUCGGGAAAUCCCAAGAUUUCCCAUAGGCAGUUUAGGACAAUUCUGGCGAACGACUUAUUAAAAAUACACCGACAUAUUGACCUGACUACAGAACCCCGACUUAUAGUAUCUCGAGCCGGACCGACACAAACGACGCGACCAACAACGACCAAUAGACCUCAACUUGAACAUCGACACUUCCCUGUGAGAAAUGGCCACAAAAAAGCUCGAUGUUGGAUGUGCGCCCAGCGAAAAGCCCCUGCCCGAACUAUAUGGAAGUGUCUGGAGUGCAAUAUAAACCUUUGUAUUGAAGAUUGCUUCAUGGCGUACCACAUAUAAAAAAAUGACGAUUAAAAAGAGUGGCGGAGAGUUUAUUGCCAGUUCUUCUCUUCCGUUCUACGCCCUUGA